AUGAGGGCUGGUGUUGAUGUCUUUGCUCUUGACUAUGAUGCUAUUAUUGCUGCCAUGUAUGCAUUGACUGUUAGUGCCGAGGGAGACUGUUACUUGUGUGUGCCGCCUGACCCAGGUAUAGAGCCCGCUGCCCUGGGUACUAGUGAGUCUGCUCUCUCUGGUAUGGUGCCCCCUGUACUUGCUCCCCCCAGUGCUGUCCCGGCUGGUUUCGAGUCUGCUCUCUCAGGUACAGCACCCACACAGACUGCUCCCUCAGGUACCGCACCGGCUGAGGCCUGUCACACCUUCACCCUUGACUCAGGUGCUUCCCGUUGCUUCUUUCGUGACAGUACUGAGCUCACACCGCUUCCUGCACCGGUCCCAGUCUCCUUGGCUGACCCCUCUGGGGGCCCAGUCCUUGCCCAGUCCACUACUGUCCUCCCUUGUCCGGCGGUUCCGUCUGGCUCGUUGUCGGGUUUCCACCUCCCCUCGUUCUCGACGAACCUGGUGAGCAACGCUGUCCUCCAGGAUCAGUGGGUUGACACCUUUACCCCUGGCGGACAGCGUGUGGCGAUCUGCACGUGCUCCAGGACUGGCCGUCACCUGGCUACGUUCACCCGUCGGCCGGGGUCGAGUCUCUACACACUGACCACUGCGUCUCCCCAGGUAGCUGCUGUCGGUCAGGUGUCUGCGUCAGGUCUGGUGGCCCACGCCUGUGAGUGUCGUUCCCUGUCGCACCAGACUCUUCUCUGGCACCACCGCCUGGGUCACCCCUCCUUGCCACGCCUUCGUGGCAUGCACCGUCGCCUCCUUGUGUCUGGUCUUCCCAGGUCCCUCCCUCCCCUCCCUGCCUCGCCUGCGCCGCCUUGCCUUCCUUGCGUCGAGGGGCGGCAGCGCGCCGCUCCUCACUCCUCCUCGUUCCCCCCGACAGAGGCUCCUCUGGAGACCCUCCACCUGGACGUGUGGGGCCCAGCCCGCGUUCGUGGUCAGGGCGGUGAGCGGUACUUUCUGCUGGUUGUCGACGACUACUCGCGUUACACCACGGUCUUCCCCUUGCGCACCAAGGGUGAGGUCCCUGCUGUUCUGAUCCCUUGGAUCCGCACGGUUCGUCUCCAGCUCCGCCGCCGUUUCCGGACGGAUCUUCCUGUCCUGCGUCUGCACUCUGACAGAGGUGGUGAGUUUUCCUCCGAUCUCCUGAGGACCUUCUGUCAGGCAGAGGGCAUCGAGCAGACCUUCACGCUUCCGGACUCCCCACAGCAGAAUGGGGUUGCUGAGCGCCGCAUUGGCCUGGUCAUGGAGAUCGCUCGUACCUCCUUGGUCCACGCGGCGGCUCCCCAUUUUCUGUGGCCGUUUGCUGUCCGGUACGCCGCGCAUCAGCUCAACCUCUGGCCCCGUGUCUCCUUGCCGGAGACCUCGCCCACACUGCGUUGGACGGGGGAGGUUGGCGAUGCGUCGCGCUUCCGGGUGUGGGGUGCUCGUGCCCUUGUCCGCGAUACGUCCGCGGACAAGCUCUCCUCCCGCACGCUUCCCUGUGUCUUCCUUGGCUUUGUCCCUGACGCGCCUGGCUGGCAGUUUUACCACCCCACCUCGCGCCGGGUCUUCGCCUCUCAGGAUGUCACCUUUGACGAGUCGGUCCCUUUUUACCGUCUCUUCCCCUACCGCACUGCCCCCCUCCCUCCCCCGCCGCUUUUCCUUGCUCCUGGUCCCCCUCCGGUAGACCCCCUUCCCCCUCAGGGUCCUGCUCCUUCAGGUGUCUCUCAGGUAGACCCUCCUCCCGUCGCUGAGCCUGUCGAGGUCACAGGUGACUCAGGUGCUGCUGCGGGUGGUGCUGCUGGGAGUACUGAGCCUGGGGGUGCUGGGCCUGGGGGUGCUGGGGCUGCAGGUGCUGGGACUGAGGGUGCUGGAGCUGAGGGUACGGUGCCUGAGAGUACGGAGCCUGGGGGUGCUGCGCCUGGGGGUGCUGAGCCUGCGGGUGCGGGGCCUGGGAGUGCUGGGACUACGGGUGCUGGAGCUGAGGGUACUGUGCCUGAGAGUUUGCCGCCUGGGGGUGCUGAGCCUGGGGGUGCUGCGACUGGGGGUGCUGAGCCUGCGGGUACUGAGCCUGCGGGUACUGAGCCUGGGGGUGCUGCUACUGAGCCUACGGAGCCUCGGGUUACUGCGUCUGGGGGUGCUCCGGUUCGGGGUGCUGAGCAGUCUCUCACACCGCAGCAGCUUCGCGACUGGUACGUCCGACGCUUUCGCCGUCCUAGUGGCUCGACUGGAGUUUGGGGUGCUGGAGCUGCUCGUCCUGGGGGUGCUCGUACUGGGGGUACUGGAGCUGCUGGAGCUGGGGACUCUGGCGCUGGCGGUGCUAGCGGAGUUGGAGCUGCCGACUCUGGGGGUGGCGCGGCUGCUGGUGCUGCGGACCCACCUGGUGGAGCUGCUGCUGGUGCUGAGGAGUCGGACGGUGGAGCUGCUGCUGGAGCUGGGGACCCGGCCGGUGGAGCUGCUGCUGGUGCUGUGGACCCGGCCGCUGGAGUCCCUUCUGCUUCUGGAGACCCUGCGCGGCCGCGACCGUACUUCGUACCGCUCCUUCAGCAGGUUCUUGGGCAGGCUCCUCCUCCUUGUCCUCCUCCCUCCGUAGAGUGUCCUCCGCCUGUCCAGCCGCAGUCACAGUUACCGCCUGCCUCGCCUCUCCCUGCUCCCUCUCCUUAUACUGGUCCCACAGGAGGUCUUACAGAGCGUCGUGAGCCUGAGUCUCGUCCUGCGUCGCCUGUUCGUCCUGCUCGCACUGGUAGUCGUGUCCGUCGUGAGCGUCCUCCUCCUGUCCCAGGCACUCACUACAUGACUCUGCGUCCCUCUACUGCUCCUCGACGUGUCCCUCUACCGUCUCCUCCUGCGUCCUCUUUGCCUGCCGUUCCGGACCCUGAGUCUGACCGGUAUCGCGCUGAGCACCCUACAGUCACGCGUCUCCUUGCUACUGUUGUCACUGACCCCACCUUUGAGUCCUCGGCUGCGUCUGCUCUGGUCGCUGAGUUGGUUGACUUUGCUGCUGCCUGUCGUCUAGACUACGCUGCUAGCCUUGUCGCUGAGUCAGAGUCUGCGUCUGUCUGUCCUCCGUCCGUCGGGGGUGAGUGUGCUCUUGGCACGGACGUCCUUGAGGACAGGCAGGAGGACUUUGACUCUCUUGCGGCUGCUGUACCUCAUCUCGUGGCCUGGUUGCUUGCCCCUGAGGGAGACCCGGAUGCACUAGACAUCCCCACUCCGCGCACUUACGCAGAGGCGAUCUCGGGUCCCUACUCCUCUCAGUGGCAGACAGCCAUGGACGCAGAGAUGGCAUCCUGGAAAUCCACAGGCACCUACGUCGACGAGGUUCCCCCUCCUGGGGCGAACAUCGUCGAUGGCAUGUGGAUUUUCAGGGUGAAGCGGCCGCCGGGUUCUCCACCUGUCUUCAAGGCGCGUUACGUGGCUCGAGGCUUCAGUCAGCGUCAGGGGGUCGACUUCUUCCAGACCUUCUCCCCCACCCCGAAGAUGACUACUCUUCGGGUUUUGCUGCACGUUGCUGCUCAGCGUGACUACGAGCUUCACUCUCUUGACUUCAGCACAGCGUUCCUGCAGGGCAGCCUGCACGAGGAGAUCUGGCUGCGCCGCCCACCUGGCUUUACUGGGUCGUUUCCCCCUGGUACCCAGUGGAGUCUCCGCCGGCCAGUCUACGGUCUCCGCCAGGCGCCACGUGAGUGGCACGACACACUGAGGACUACUCUUGCGGCUCUUGGGUUCGCGCCGUCUACUGCUGACCCGUCGCUGUUUCUGCGCACUGACACGUCGCUGCCGCCCUUCUACAUCCUCGUGUACGUCGACGACUUGGUCUUUGCUACUGCUGACACUGAGGCACUCGCUCGUGUGAAGUCGGAGCUGCAGAAGAGACACACCUGCACUGACCUGGGUGAACUGCGUAGCUACCUUGGCUUGCAGAUCACCCGGGACAGAGCCCGUCGCACCAUCACCCUGACUCAGUCACACAUGGUGCAGCAGGUCCUUCAGCGCUUCGGCUUCCAGUUCUCCUCACCACAGGCCACACCUCUGGCUACCAGCCACUCACUCUCAGCUCCACCUUCGGACGAGUCCGUAGAGCCGAGUGGCCCGUACCCAGAGCUUGUAGGCUGCCUCAUGUACCUGAUGACUUGCACGCGACCUGACCUUGCGUACCCUCUUAGCAUCCUUGCUCGUUACGUUGCGCCUGGGAGACACAGGCGAGAGCACUGGGAGGCUGCUAAGAGGGUGCUGCGUUACUUGUGCAGUACAUCAGGCAUGGGGCUGGUGCUUGGAGGACGCGACAGAGUUGUCCUCACUGGUCACUCGGACGCCUCUUGGGUGGACGACCUGGCUACGCAGCGGUCGUCACAGGGUUACACCUUCAGCCUUGGCUCUGGUUCUGUCUCGUGGCGGUCCACCCGCUCUUCCUCUGUUCUCGGCUCUAGUUGUGAGGCUGAGAUCUACGCCACAGCCAUGGCUGCACAGGAGUUACGCUGGCUCACCUACCUGCUGACUGACUUGGGAGAGCGGCCUAGUUCUCCGCCAGUUCUGUACGGUGACAACAAGGCGGCUCUUGCCUUGUGUCAGGAGCACAGACUGGAGCACAGGACGAAGCACAUUGCUCUUCGCUACUUUCUUGCUCGAGAGCUUCAGCAGCGCGGUCAGCUUCGGCUUGUGUACGUGGACUCGAAGGCCAACACUGCUGAUAUCUUCACCAAGGCGCUCCCGCCUAGUGAUCAUCAGCGGCACUGUACUUCUUUAGGCCUUGUGUCCACGUUUCCUCACUUGCUCACUGCUUGA